CACUCGAUCGGUCCUAGCGGAUUUGCACGUGUUUCUUUCACGAUCAGUACCGACACGCGGCUGGCUGGCGGACUUCAAGACGUUCAUCGAUCACAGUGACUCGCGUGUACUCUUUUGCAUAUUUUGGGUGCCGUCAGUAGGCACCUCAGAAGUGUGAUCGUGUUUUUUCUGUCGUUAUUUAACAUUUUGCUGCGGUAUAAACGGUUGCAAACGAACGAAAAAACAAUUAUCGUUUCCAGUGAAAGUGAUGCAUCAAUUAAGUGAUAACAACACAUAUUGGAAGCGUUCCCUACGAGUCGAGAAUAAUAGAUAGUCAAGGAGGUGGUGAAGAAUCGGUGUGCAAGGGACGACCUUGUUUUACGCCGGUUGCAACAGACCUCCAUCGUACUGUUGUUGUUGCUGACGUGCAGAAUCAGGCUUGUUACGCCACUACCGUUUGGCUGCUCAACCUCGCGGAAGAAGCGCGCUUGGGUGAGGCACUGUGGAAUAUAUUUAUCAUAUGUCCGCAUUGCGAUAAGCGUGUUGCUUGUUUGGGAGCAGACGGAUUAGCGGAUUUGCGACUGCGUUUGAGGGUUGAAGACUAUCCGGUGACCUAGACUGACUGGUGGCACAAUUUCAGAGCGUGUGUGUUUCGACUAGUUUUGCUGGCGCUCUCUGACCAUUGGAUACUCUGACCUUCGAGAAAUAGUUCAGGCACUGGUGAAACGAUGCUUCCAGCUCUGCGACGUUUGCUUGUGAUGAACAGUGCUUUGCUCUUAGCAGGAUUCACAAAGAUUUUAUCCCGUCGUGACCAAUCCGCAACACGUUCGAGAUCAGCAUUCAUCAUUCUUACUAACUCAUAUGCACAGAGUCCCCGUCACCCGACGUAGAGUUGUACAUCAGCGGCGUAAAUUUGAAUUGAGCAGUGCUUCAACACAGUCGGUAGAUCAUUGAUAUGACAGCAGAAUAAAAGAGGGCCGAGUACUGAGCCUUGAGGUACUCCAGAUGGUAUUUUCACACUACGGGAGCCGGAGCAGCAACCACCACAAAACACAGUCUGUCUUCUUUCACACAGACGAAACACAAAAUGGUCAUCAGAAAGGUAAUCCCGGACAAAGCGUUCAUCGAGAGUCAUGUCACCUCGACCAGGUUUUCCCCGCUUUCGAGACAGAUAAUAGCGGCAACGGGACCCAUCAUUUCGAGUGCUGCAGCCGGCAUGACCAAUGGCUUUUCGGCAAUUCUAUUGCCCCAGUUGCAGAGACCGGAAAGUAGUAUACAGAUUACCGACGAUCAAUCGUCGUGGAUUGCCUCCAUGGCACCACUUCCGAUGGCUGCCGGUUGCUUACUGGGUGGACUGCUUAUGGAGAAAUUCGGACGAAAAGUAACUCACUUGAUAUUGAAUAUAUCGUUCGCCAUUGGAUUCUGUGUUUUAUCGGUAGCGCAGACUUACGAUAUGAUUUUGGUAGGACGUUUCAUAACAGGAUUUAGUUGUGGACUAGUAGGCCCUCCAGCAUCCGUGUACAUAGCCGAAACAAGUAAUCCGAAGUAUCGAGGAAUAUUACUGGCUGGUGUGACAUUUGCUGUAUCUUCCGGAAUUUUGCUUUCCCACCUGUUUGGAACAUUUUUUCAUUGGAAAAUGGCUGCUUUAUUCUGUUCCUUUUUCAUGGCUGUCAGCUACGUGUUUGUUGCUUUGUGUCCCGAGAGCCCUUCUUGGUUAUUAUCGAAAGGACAACGUCACGAGGCAGAAAUUGCGUUUCGAUGGCUUCGAGGAUAUGAUGCCGAAUCUACUAAAGAAUUGGAUGAUAUGCUGACCAAGGAUACAGAAUCGAAUGAACUCAAAAAAUUACAGAAACAGCAACCGUCAAGCUUAGAAAAUGUUUUGAAAAAAGAAUUCAUUAUUCCUCUCGUAACUUUGUUAGUGUUCUUUUUUACGAUGCAAUUUUCCGGAGUCAAUAUAGUCGCGUUUUACUCGAUCUCACUGAUGAAAACUACAAUUGGAAGUAAUAUUAACGAAUAUCUCGCCAUGCUGAUAGUCGAUCUCGUCAGGGUAAUAACCUCUUUACUUGCCUGUUUAUUGCUUAGAACGUUCGGGCGUCGUCCGUUGGCCGUACUGAGUGGUUCAGGCACCACCAUUAGUCUGAUUGGUCUAUCGAUUUUCCUAUACUUUCAAACCAGCAUUCCGCUGUAUCAGAACCUUUCCUGGAUGUCUCUCAUAUUCCUGAUUAGCUACAUCAUCUUUGUUGGAAUCGGAUUAUUCCCGCUGCCAUGGUGUAUGAGCGGAGAAAUGUUUCCCAUCGCUACCAGAGGGAUCGGUUCCGGGUUGACGUCCUCGUUUAACUUUGUUUGCUUUUUCGUGGUGAUAAAAACUGGACCAUCGCUGCUAGCUUCCUUCGGAACGAAUGGAACUUUUAUGGUUUAUGGUGUUAUUUCCCUAAUCGGAACGUUGCUUUUGUAUAUGAUCUUACCGGAGACAAAAAAUCGAACCUUGCAGGAAAUAGAGGACUCGUUCAAAGCUGGAUGGACUCGACCUAAAAAGGUUCAACCAGUAAGUGAUAAGGUGUGAUUCCGAUAUAUCUAGAUAGGCCGUUCAGCUGAAUAGAUUUCAAGUUACAAGGAAAUUUGCUGCUUGGAUUUUUCUGUAUGAUUUAUAGUUUUGAAACUGUUCUGUUAUUUAAUUUUUCUGAAAUACCUACAUAGUGUUGUAUUCAUGCGUAUAGCUCAAUAAGAACGCCAGAUACUCGUGAUUUUAAUUUCAAUGUAGGCAAUUUACGAAUUAAUUUUCUUGAUAAACAUGAAAAGGUCAAGCUGAAUGAAUAGGUUUAGUGUAUUAGAGCAACAUUAGAAUAAAUUGUUUUUAUUGUAGUGAAUUAUUUUUAAUAAAUGUG